UUACAAUGCUCCUUGUAAGCGUCCUUGACCUUAGAUAGUAAAUAAACAGUGACAAUGGCGGACUGCCUGUCCGUCUUGGCUGCUUUUGUCACCACUCUGCUGGUCAGACAGGUUGAUGCUUAUUAUUGUGAUAGUGGAAAGUGUGAGGCCAAUGAAUACUGCUGUGGGGAGAACAUUUGUUGUGUAUCAUACACUGUGUGGGAACUGUGGUACUUCUGGUUUGGCUUGGUAUUUUUCAUGAUUUUGCUAACUUCCUGUAUAUACAUGUGGAGAUCUGGAUACAGGGAGAGAAUUAUUUACUUUGGAACCGUCCCCCCAUCCUACAGCCCUCUGUCUCACAAGGAGGCUCACCUACAGACGUCUCGGUACUCAGAUGAUUUUGGUCCCCUACCUUCUUACGACGAAGUGGUGCACGGCCAGCACCAAAAACUCCCACCCCAGUGAAUUUGUGGCCAGCUAUCGACAGAAGAAGGUCACAAACAUUUACAGUUGUUGCCUGGAAGGCAGGUGAAACAUUUAAAGAAUAACGUCAUCAUGCUGAUACGCUGAUAAAGUCAGUGAAAUGUGGUAUAUCAUGUUGGGGUUUUUUUUGGG